AACAAAUAAAUAAGAAAAAAGCCUUACACCUAUACGACGCCGUUUUAGAUGGAAAUGGCCAAAUGGUGGAUUUAGUGUAACUGAUAUCCUGAUUAGGGUCUCUCUGCAUGCCAGCUAAUCAGUCUAGAAUUGUGAGGUAUAUAAGUAAGCAAUUCACAAUGGCGACUCCAACGGAGCUAGAUUUCUCUUCACCUGGCGGUGCUGGUGACGACUCCACUCCACGGAAGCGUACUUCAAAACGCACAGCUUCCGAAACAGCAACAGAAGAAGAAGAGACAAAGAAGAAGAAAAAGAAGAAGAACAAAUUGGCUUCUCCGAUGAGUAACCGGAUCUGGAACGAAGAAGAUGAGAUCUCUAUCUUACAGGGAUUAGUGGAUUUUAGAGCUAAGACAGGGCUCGAAUCCAAAAUUGAUUGGGAAGCGUUUUAUUGUUUCGUCAGAGGUUCCAUUCAUGUGCAAGUCUCUAAGGAUCAGGUGUUGAAUAAGACCAAGAAGUUGAAGAAGAAGUUCCUUGAUCAUAUGGAGAAAAUCAAUCGAGGAAUUGAUCCGCAUUUUACUAGGUCUAGUGACUCUGAAGCCUUUGGAUUUUCCAUGAUGAUUUGGGGCAAAAAUGAUGCUGAUUACACUAAUGGUGCUAUGGAUAAAACAUAUCGAAACAAGAGUGAAGAGGAGAUGUUUAAGAAGGACGAGGAAGUAGCCUUAAUCGACAAUGGGGCUGGGAUAAGUGACUUUGAUGGCAAAUCACCACCUCUUAAAGCCGUUGUUGUUGACAAAAUAACUACCAAGAACGGGACUGCUGGAAAAGAGAGUGAUGACGAUGAUGAUGUGUUGUACGCUGUGCGGGAUGCAUUUGAGACCACCAUGGUGUCGCAAGGUCUAAGUGAUUAUCAAAAGAAGUUGCAGCUUGAGAAGCUGAUGAACCUUGGAACUGGUAAAAGAAGAGAGUUGAGCAACGAAUGGAAAUCACUAUGUGUUGAGGAAUUAAAAUUGAAUAUCAAGAAGCUUCGAUUUUCUGCCAAGCUUGCAGAGGCAGCAAAUGAUGAUAAAUGAAAUGAAGAAAGCCAUUGCAGCAUUUGGUGUUGUCCUUUGGGAAUUGGCUUGGUAAAAAUAUAGUUAGUUCUUACUUCUUAGUAGUCAACUAGUCAUAGGCCAUUCAUUACCUAUGGAUGUGGUUUAUGUCUUUAGCUUUACUACAACUUCCGGUGAUCUACUUGGGAAAGUGUUUGUGGCAUUUCACUUUGAUUUUUACAUCACACCUCAGUUUCAAAUGAAUGAGUUUUUAAAUG